AUGCUGCUGCAUUGUUACUACUGUCUAAUCACCGUCCUUUCGCUCGUCACCGGGUCGAGUGCAGUGUAUCACCUUCUGCACGAAUAUGCUGGGCAGAACUUCUUCUCUGGGUGGGACUUUUAUGGUUCAUGGGAUAACCUUACUCUCAGUAACACUACAUGGGUGUCCCAGGAAAACGCGACCGCGUUGAACCUGGCGUACAUCAACGCCGCAGGGAAUGCGAUCAUGCGAGUGGAUAAUACAACGAAUGUACCUGUGGGCGAGAUGCGAAAUUCAGUGCGAAUCACUUCCCAACAGUCGUUUGAUUUUGGCAGCCUCUGGAUCAUGGACGCCGUGCAUUUGCCAUACGGCUGUUCUGUGUGGCCGGCAUUUUGGACUAAGGGCCCGAACUGGCCAUUUGAGGGGGAAAUCGAUAUCGUGGAGGGAAUCAAUAUGAUGGCGAACAACCAGAUGGCUCUACACACUGUCGCUGGUUGCAUGCAUAAUCUGACUGAUCCUGCGCUGCAAACGGGUUACAAUGGCGGCUUGGACUGCGGCACUGGUUCAGGGUGUGUCGUUAGUGAGAAUGCGCCGAACAGCUACCAGGCGGGCUUCGCAGCAGCUGGAGGAGGCGUGUGGGCAACGCAAUUCGAUGUGUCUGGAGUCUUUAUGUGGUUCUGGAGUAGACCAAACAUCCCUGCUCAAAUCGCCAAUGCUACCUCGGAUACAAUCAUGGAUCCAUCAACAUGGGGACCUCCUGUUGCAAACUAUCCCACCACAACUGCUUGCAACACUUCAGCGUUCUUCAGUGCGCAGCAGCUCGUGUUCGACAUCGCCCUGUGUGGAGAUUGGGCUGGCGUUCCAUCCAUUUACGCGAAUACGGGCUGCAGCAAGCCCAACGGCACCGGCAUCUGCUAUCUUGACAGCGUGGUCGGCCCUGGCAGCCCUACAUUCGACGAAGCAUAUUUCGAGAUCCGCUACGUGCGCACGUACGCCCUGGGCGUGGUUGACCCUCCCGCAUCCUCUUCUAGUUCAUCAACUCAACCUACCGGGACCUCCACUGUUGUUGCGACUGUAACUGCCAACGCGCAUGACCAGAGCUCGAACUCUGCGCGCAGCAUACGCCUCCCAGCAAGGUUAGGCGCUAUCGUGCCUUUAGGCCUGCUGCUCGGCUCCGCGCUUGUGUGGUAA